GACGCCUCUUGUGAAUAGCGUUUGUGCUCUGGUUUACCCCCUCCCUCAUCAUGCCGCUCAUGCCGGUCAAGUUCACCCUACAGAAGCGGGUGAAGCUGGCGCAGGGGCUCUGGAUGCUCUACUGGGUCUCUGUGAUGGUGGGCAUCCUCAUCUUCAGCCUGGGCAUCUUCUUCAAAGUGGAGCUGAGGAAGAGGAGCGAGAUGAUGGACAACAAUGAGAGCCACCUGGUCCCAAACCUGCUUAUCCUCACUGGGCUGCUCACCUGCGCCCUCAACGCCUUCGGAGGGAAGGUGUGCCACGAUUCACUCGACCCCAUGAAGUUCGCCAAGUGGAAGCCCAUGCUGAAGCAGUACUUCACGGGCUGCCUGGCCUUUAGCGCCGCUCUCCUGGUGGUGGCGCUCUUGUGUUUCCUCAUGCAGUUCUCGGUGUACCUGACGCUGGCCGAGGGUUUGAAAAACGGCAUUCGCUUUUACAAAGACACAGACACGCCUGGGCGCUGCUUCAUGAAGAGGACUCUGGACAUGACCCAGAUCGAAUUUCGCUGCUGCGGCAACAACAACUUCAGAGACUGGUUUGAGGUCCAGUGGAUUAGCAACCGGUACUUGGACAUGAGCAACGACCAGGUCAAAGACCGUGUUCUGAGUAAUGUGGAGGGGAAGUUCCUCAUGGACUCGGUCCCGUUCAGCUGUUGUAACCCCGGCUCCCCCAGACCCUGUAUCCAGCAUCACCUGACCAAUAACUCCGCCCACUACGACUAUGACCUGCGCACAGAGGAGCUCAACAUCUGGACACGCGGCUGCAGAGAGGCCCUCUUCUCCUACUUCAGCUCCAUGAUGAGCAGCAUUGGAGCUCUGAUCAUCGUCACCAUCCUUCUAGAGGCUGCAGACAUGGCUGGGCUGAAGUACCUGACAACGUCGCUGGAGUCCAUGGCCGACCCGGAGAACCCGGAGUGUGAGAGCGAGGGCUGGCUCCUGGAGAAGAGUGUGAAGGAGACUGUGUGCGACGCCUGCGCCAAACUCAAGGCUCUGAUCAAACCCAAUCAGGUGACAGAGGGGGAGGAGCCAACGGCUGCCUGA